AUCUUGGCUGAGUCUUAAUUUUCAUCCGAGAUUAAUUUUGAUCCCGUGUUUUUCGUUGCCCCCUUCAUUAGACUCUCUCUCUCCAACCUUUAUUUUAUUUUUUAAUAAUUUAUUUUUUCCGAUCCAUUAAUUGAUCCACAAAUCCACAUCACAAACACUAGAAUUAGAGUGGUGAAGGAUUCGAUCUUUGAUUUUUGUUGUUGUCAGUAAUAAAAGAAGAAGAGGAAAAUGGGGAAGGUGGCGGUUGCGGCGGCGGUGAUCGGGACCGCUGCGGUGGUUGGAGUGGCGGCGGUGGUUGUGCGGCAGCGGAUGAAGAGCUCCGGGAGGUGGGCACGGGCGGUGGCAAUUGUGAAGGAAUUUGAGGAGAAGUGCGGUACCCCCGAGGCGAAGCUGGUUCAGAUUGCGGACGCCAUGACUGUGGAAAUGCAUGCUGGAUUGGCAUCUGAGGGCGGUAGCAAGCUCAAGAUGCUUAUCAGCUAUGUCGACAAUCUCCCCACUGGUGAAGAAGAAGGGGUCUUUUAUGCUCUUGAUCUUGGUGGCACAAACUUCCGUGUUUUACGAGUCCAAUUAGGAGGCAAAGAAGGCGGUAUUGUUCAUCAAGAAUUCGCCGAGGCUUCAAUACCCCCUGCGUUGAUGUGCGGGACUUCAGAUGCACUUUUUGAUUAUAUUGCGGAAAAACUUGCGAAUUUUGUUGCUGAAGAAGAACAAAUAUUUCAUCAGCCUCCUGGGAAACAGAGGGAAUUGGGUUUCACUUUCUCUUUCCCUGUAAUGCAAACUUCGAUAAAUUCUGGCACUCUUAUGAGGUGGACAAAGGGCUUCUCUAUUGACGACACGGUUGGCCAAGAUGUGGUAGUUGAACUAACGAAAGCCUUGAAAAGAAAAGGAGUCGAAAUGCGUGUGGCAGCUUUAGUCAACGAUACAAUCGGAACAUUAGCAGGAGGAAGAUACACACACAACGAUGUCUCUAUUGCUGUGAUAUUAGGCACUGGAACUAAUGCUGCAUAUGUAGAACGUGCACAAGCCAUUCCAAAAUGGCACGGCCCUUUGCCUAAAUCUGGAGAAAUGGUUAUAAAUAUGGAGUGGGGUAACUUCAGGUCGUCUCACCUUCCAAUAACCGACUAUGACCAUGCAUUGGAUGUAGAAAGUCUGAAUCCUGGAGAACAGAUAUUUGAGAAGUUAACUUCUGGCAUGUACUUGGGUGAAAUCGUACGAAGAGUUUUACUUAGGAUGGCUGAAGAAGCUUUCUUCUUCGGCGAUGAAGUUCCACCUAAACUUAAAAUUCCAUUCAUUUUGAGGACUCCUGAAAUGUCGGCUAUGCAUCAAGAUACAUCUUCUGAUCUGAGAGUAGUCGAUGAAAAACUGAAGAAUAUUUUGGAGAUAUCCAACACCUCCCUGAAAAAGAGGCGAGUAGUGGUGGAGCUCUGCAACAUUGCCGCCACCCGUGGGGCCCGCCUAGCAGCUGCCGGCAUCUUCGGCGUGUUGAAGAAAACGGGGCGGGAUAUUCCCAAGGAAGGGGGCGAAAAGACCGUUAUAGCCAUGGACGGGGGUCUAUACGAGCACUACACAGAAUACAGAAAGUGCUUAGAAAAUACAGUGGGCGAGCUAAUCGGGGAUGAAAGUUCGUCGGCCAUUACUUUCGAGCACUCGAACGACGGGUCGGGAAUUGGGGCGGCCCUGCUUGCCGCCUCUCACUCGCUCUACCUUGAUGACACGUCAUCAUCAUGAAUUGAGAAGUGAGAACACUUAAUAUUUCAGUGCUUUUGUUUUUUGAAUCUCCUCUUGGAUAUUUAUUUGGCUGGAUAGGGUACGUGAUUAGAUGUAUCUUGAAGGGCCUUGAUGCAAUUUCAGUAACUUAUGACGAUGACGACGGUUUCUUAUGAUGUUUGAACUUCGAGUUUUUAUCGGGAAAACGAACAAUACCAAUAAUGAAAUUACAUAAUAAAAUUGUAUUUUUGGCCAAGGAU